UGAAUGAACCCUCCCUCCCUCCUUUCUUCCCUCCUUCCAAACUCUGGCAUGAGUGGAAAAAAGAAAGAAGCCGUGAGCCUUCUGUGAGUCACUCGUUGCUGCUUCUCGGAAUCGACUGCUUUCCAGCUGCCAAUUCUCACUUGCUGCUGCACACUUUGCUACCUGAAACAUCUCUCAGCAUUUCACUCAGUCGGUGGGGUACAGGACCAAGCCAGCAUGUCCAAACCUGACUACUCUGGUGUUUUUCACAUGGUGGAACAGGACAACAUGGACGCCUACCUUGCAGCGUUAGACAUCAACUUUGCUCUGAGGAAGAUCGUAUGUCUGCUGAAGCCCACUAAGGACAUCAGCCACAAUCUGGCCACGGGGGCCAUGACGAUCCGCACUCUCACCACCUUCAAAAACUUCAAUAUGGACUUUGUCAUCGGACAAGAGUUUGCAGAAGACCUGGGCCCCGUGGAUGGUCGCACGUGUCAGACCACUGUGAGCUGGGAAGGGGACAAGCUGGUUUGCGUACAGCGCGGCGAGAAGGAAGGUCGAGGGUGGACGCACUGGCUGGAUGGCAACAAGCUGCAUCUGGAGAUGAGAGUGGAAGGCGUCGUUGCCAAGCAAGUGUUCAAGAAGGCCGAUUGAAGUCUCUGAAAACAGUGGACACCCGCUACUCCCAUGUGAUGGGGACCCUGCCCCAUCGCAAGCGGCAAAUGUCUCCGAUACUCCCCUGAAAGUGAUUAGGAUGGACUAAAUUAAUAGUUUUAAAACUGAAAAAGAACACAAACGAUGAUCCCAAAACACUUUGAAAGUCUGACAAGGCCCCGAUGAACAUCUCCAAACGGCUUUCAACCGAGCACGCAUAUACAGUACACAAUGUACAGUCCCUGUACGCUGAGCGACGCAGCCGUUAGCGCUCGAGAGGCUAGCACCUCGGUGUUAGCCCAACCCCAAAUUGCUGGAUCCAUGCAGUCACGGCGCCAACUAGCGGUCGUAGAUCGGUUUAGCCACAUUCACGUGUGCUGUUCUGAUGGAACUGUACUGGUUUUGAUGUUAUGUUACGUUCUUAUUUAGAGAAACUAUCAUGAGCUAGAGCUAGCAUGCGCACAGUCUGGAUGCUCUCCCGCUAACUUUCAAAAACAAAUCAAACGUGGCUGCUUUUAGUUUUGAUUGGAUUAGCGCCACCAUCUGAUAUUGUCCUUUAGUGCAAGGAAAUUAAUCAGUUGACGUUGGUCAGAUGUGUGAAGUUGGCUGAUGCCAUCUAGUGCUGAUUGGUCUGAAGCACACGCGUAUCUAAAAUUUUUGCACGGAUUCCACUGGCCGAGCGAUGGCUUGUAUCUCAAAGGACUCCAAAGUGAAGCCGCUUGUAUCUCAAGGCACCACUGUAUUUUUGAUUUUUCGCCGUGGUUUAUAAUCGAGGAUAACUGUUGUCCCGAUAAAAGCGAUGCUCCAUUACACUCAAUAUCAUACACAUCAGAGACACUAUUUUGCCGUAAAUUUUUCCCAUGUUACAGAAAAUCGCAAGUGACUUUCCCAUGAACAAUGGAGGAUUUGUUUUUUUAAAAAGCUGCAAACAGGUCAACUCGCAAAUGUUGAACCGUGAAUAUGCGAGUUCCACUGUAUACUUUUAGUGAGUAUUGACAAUAGUCAAGGUACGCGUGUGUGUGUGUGAUGUAAUUGAAUUCUUUUGUGUAUGAUGGUACCAACUGAGUGACAAAGCAAAGGCAAUUUAAUAUUUGGACAUUUUUGCCCGUGCACACGACUUGACCGCAACUGUUUUGAAAUAAAACAACCAAAAUCU